UCUUGUUUUCAAGAAGUACAAUGCGACUCAUUACCCGUACAUAAGCAAGAGUUUUAUCGUUAUUUUAAACUUUAAGUUAACGUUAUUGUUACAACAGCAAGUACUGUGUAGUUUAUCCAGCUCCAGUUUAAGGGAUAUUACCCAGGGGGACUUUUAUUGUUGUCCGUUAUCCACCAGUGCAACAUUAGCUGGGUGGAAAGAAACACACACAUAAAACGUGAACCAUUAACGCUAGCUGUAGUUCGUUAUUUUGACCUGCAUCUCGCUACCUGCGCAGACAUGGCUACUAAUCCUCCAGGACAAGCCUUCCCAAACAAGACGCGCGUGGCGAUCCUGGCCGAGCUGGAGAAGGAGAGGAGACGGCUUUUGAGCACUCCUGGAGCGAGCAUUUCGCUAUCCAGACCGAGUCUAAAGGACUUCAGGGACAACGCAGAACAGCAGCACAUCGCUGCCCAGCAGAAAGCUGCCCUACAGCAUGCACACACGCACUCAUCAGGCUUCUUCAUCACUCAGGACUCCUCGUUCGGGAACCUCAUCCUCCCCGUCAUCCCCCGCCUGGAGCCCACUGAGUCUUGACCUUUUUACCCUUCAUCAUCCUCCUCCUCCUCCUCCUGUUGCCCGGUGUGACACAGAGCAUUCGAACGGCACACAGUGCACACCCGACCCGCGUGUCUCCCACGGACCCUCUUUUAAGUCUUUGAUUCAUGGACAGUUGUUUGACGUGUCGUAAGCAAUCUCAGGGAGUCGGUCACUUUUCUUUUUUUAAAUUACAUUUUCCAGGCCAACAAGCUGGCGGUUGGAUUUAGGAAAAGCUCUCUGAGAAAUCGGAAGAAGGUUCCAGACAGCUGUGAAACAUCCGGUGGAGUUGUGCGGGGGGACGAAGACAUCACAGUCAUGCUGUACAUGCCAUCCUGCUGUUGCCUUUCACCGCACCGAUCCAUGAAACGCACAUUUGGUCAGGGUUUUUAUAUAAAUGGAUUUGUGUCAAUAUUUGGACAAUAAAAUUGUUACAUUCAA